AAAGCCCCAGCUGUCAGCAGCAGAAACCUGAACAGGUGGCUGCCGUGUCUUAGCGGUGCGCGUCAAGGCGCAGAGACCCUCAACAGCUUGUGGCGCUCACUAAUCUUCCCUCUGACGACAGCGCAUUUAUUCUGCCCGUGUAAAACCAGCGGCUCGGCAGGUUUGGGUCUCCGGAGCUCUGCUCAUCGGAAUUUACUCAUCCUUAUAAUUUAGCCUACACCUGCAAGUUCACCUCAUCAGAACUGUUGGACCUUAGAGGGACUUUUAAGACUUGGAUACUAUGCUUCUCAUUUGGAUUGUAUAAUUAUAAUCUCUCUGGUGUCCAGCGGUUUCACAGACUCAAAACUCAACAUGUUGCCAGAAAUAAACAACAAGGCGUCUAGACCAGAGGCGUUCCCUCAUCCCCACAGAAUUCUAUCAGAUGGAUCACGCCUCGGAUCAAACCGGUCAUGCACACAGAAGUUUGGCCCUGGCAUAGGAACCUUACCACAGCUUGAGCCUCCCGUGGUCCAAGUUGUGGUCAGUAAUGCCAAAAACCAGCACCAGCAGACAGACAGCAUCCUGCCCCAAAUCUCCUCCAAAGGGACUCUCAACAACUUCCAGACUCACAUGGAGGAAAGACCGAAACCAGCUCAGCAGUUUGCCAUGCGAUUUGGAGCAACACUGGAUAAAGUGCCUGUGUCACGCAACAACAAGAUUUUCAGCAACAAACUAGAGAAAGAAAAAGCAUAUGAAGGACUGAGGCUACCAAUGACUCCUGCUGAGGCACUGAAGAACUUCCAAGAGCGUUUGACGGAGUUUGAACAAGAGGAGAUAAUGGACUACUCAGAGAUCUGGUUCCUGGGUCUGGGAGCACAGAAGAUUGAAGGGUCACAAGGUGCACCUCAGAACUCGGGAUAUGAUGAUGAACACGGGAGCUAUAUAAGGGUGCUUCAUGACCACAUCGGAUACAGAUUUGAGGUGCUUGAAGUCAUUGGGAAAGGCUCUUUUGGGCAGGUCCUAAAAUGUCUCGACCACAAGAACAAUGAGCUGGUAGCCAUCAAGAUGAUCCGCAAUAAGAAAAGGUUUCAUCACCAGGCGUUGGUCGAGCUGAAGAUCCUGGAUGUGCUCAAGAAGAAAGACAAAGACAAUCUCCACAACGUCAUUCACAUGAAGGAGUACUUCUACUUCAGAAAUCACCUCUGCAUCUCCUUUGAGCUCCUGGGAGUGAACUUAUAUGAGCUCAUCAAAAAGAACAACUUCCAGGGCUUCAGCCUGGCUCUGAUUCGUCGCUUCACUCACGCACUGCUCAGGUGUCUGCAAAUGCUGCACAAGGAGAAAAUCAUCCACUGUGACCUCAAGCCGGAGAACAUUCUUUUGUCACAGCGAGGGCCUGGGAACAUCAAAGUGGUCGACUUUGGAUCGAGUUGUUACGAGCAGCAAAGAGUUUACACGUACAUCCAAAGUCGCUUCUAUCGCUCCCCGGAGGUCAUCCUGGGUCACCCCUACAGCAUGGCUAUCGACAUGUGGAGCCUGGGCUGCAUCCUGGCUGAGCUGUACACAGGCUACCCUCUGUUCCCCGGAGAGAGUGAGGUGGAACAAAUUGCCUGCAUAAUGGAGGUUUUGGGAAUGCCUCCUAAUGAUUUUGUUCAAUCUGCAUCAAGGAGGAGGCUAUUUUUUGAUUCAAAGGGAAAUCCAAGGAACAUCACCAACAGCAAAGGAAAGAAACGAAGACCUGGUUCAAAAGAGAUGUCAGAGGCACUGAAGACAAAUGAUGCUUUGUUCUUGGAUUUUAUUCAACGCUGCCUCACUUGGGAUCCCACCAAGCGGAUGACUCCAGAUGAGGGGCUGCAGCAUCAGUGGAUCCUCGAGGGUAAUUUCAACAAAGUUCGACCCAGAACCAGGCCAACUGUGAAGAAAACAAAUGACGGUUCAACCAACACAGACAGCAUCAUUGACAACAAAAAGCAGAACAGCAGCAAGCCAGUUUUAAAGGUCCCUUCAGACUCAACUGCUAAUGACAAACUCAACCAAAGUUCAGUUGAGCGUCUGCGACCAAUCGGGGCUUCGGCGGAGGAGGAGGUUUGUGAGCACACACAACAAGAAGGAGAGCGUCCCGUCCAUAUCAUAAUCAAGCCUCAAGAGGAAUUGGGCACUGACAGAAACAGCAGUGAAGAACCAGCCGAGUGUUUACCCCCAAUCAUGUAACCACAGGAGAAUCUGUGAGUGGCUACCGUGUAUCUUAAAAAGUUAUUUUUGUUGGAAUGGUCAAACAAACCUCUUAUUUGACAGUGUACUUGAAUGGUGCAUGAAAAGGGCACAAUCUACCAAAAACAUACUUUAUGAAUCAAGUAUGUUAAGAUUCAAACAAUGACAUCUCAAAGUCCCUGGUGUUGUUAGCUUUAAAUGAAACUGAUGUUUACAGCAGAAAAUUAAAGCGAUGAUAUAUCCAUAUUUAUAUAGAUAUCCAUAUUUAUGAUUAAGACCAGCUUCCUUACAAAAUAUUGAAGGUCAGACACAAUAGAAGCACAAGGCUCGGAAGUUAUAUUGUACACAUAGACUGUAUAUAUAAAUGGACAUAGCUAAUCAGCAAGCCACCUUGUUCCACAUAGGAAGUGAGCAUGGGGGUGCUUCCGGCUC